AUGGCUUCCAAUAUUCGUCUAUCUUUGUGGUUCUCUUAUAUUGCAAGUCUUCACUUAAGUUUUACUUUGGCUCGCUCUGAUAAUUAUAUCAUUCAUAUGGAUUUAUCAGUUAUGCCAAAAGUAUUCUCAAAUCAACAUAGUUGGUAUGAAUCCACUCUUUCUCAAGUUACUCCUACCAACAAUAUUCUCAAGUCUACCUCUUCUAAAAUUAUUUAUACAUACAACAAUGUUAUGAAUGGUUUCAGCGCGAAUCUAUCACCAGAAGAGCAUGAAGCUCUCAAAACCUCCCCCGGUUACAUCUCUUCAAUACCUGAUUUACCGCUGAAGCUAGACACAACACAUUCACCUCAAUUUCUUGGCCUUAAUCCCGACAAAGGAGCAUGGAAAACUUCAAAGUUUGGUCAAGAUAUAAUCGUUGGUGUGGUUGACACCGGUGUUUGGCCAGAAAGUGAAAGUUUCAAAGAUCAUGGAAUGACUAAAGUUCCUUCUAAAUGGAAAGGUCAAUUAUGUCAAUUUGAAAAUACAAACAAUUCAUCUUUUUGCAACAAGAAACUCAUUGGAGCUAGAUUCUUCAACAGAGGGUUCUUGGCAAAAUUUUCUAACAUAAGUGCAACGAUUGUGAACACCACACGUGAUGAAGAUGGUCAUGGGACCCACACUUCGACAACAGCAGCCGGAAGUAGAGUAGAUGGUGCAUCUUUCUUUGGUUAUGCAAAUGGAACAGCUAGUGGAAUAGCUUCAUUAUCUAGAGUCGCCAUCUACAAGACUGUGUGGGGACCAAAAGGAGAUGCAGUAUCAUCUGAUGUAAUAGCUGCAAUUGAUGCUGCAAUAGCCGACGGUGUUGAUGUUCUUUCAUUAUCACUAGGCUAUAGCAAUGUGUCUUUGUAUGAAGAUGGUGUUGCUAUAGCAACAUUUGCAGCUAUGGAGAAAGGUGUUUUUGUUUCUACUUCAGCUGGAAAUGAUGGUCCUUCCUAUAAAACUCUUCACAAUGGAACACCAUGGGUGACAACUGUUGCUGCUGGCACUCUGGAUCGCGAAUUUCGGGGGAGUCUUUCACUUGGUAAUGGAGUCUCAGUCACUGGUUUUGCUUCUUAUCUGGGAAUCUUCUCUAAUAGUAAUAUUCCAAUUGUUUUCAUGGGUAUGUGUGAUAAUAUUACUGAACUUAUCAAAGUGAAGAGCAAGAUUGUGGUUUGUGAAAACAAUAAUGGAACUCUUUCUAGCCAAUUUUAUAAUGUGGCUGAAGCAAGAGUUGUUGGAGGUGUUUUCAUAUCAAACAUAUCUGAAAUUGAAAUGUCACAACUCUUAUGGCAGCCGCUUCCAUUGAUCAUUAUUAACCAGAAAUAUGGAGAAAUUGUCAAAGAUUACAUACAGAGUAACUCUAACUCUAGUUCAGUAGCAAAAAUGUCUUUCAAGAUAACAUCUUUUGGUGUUAAACCAACACCUAGUCUGGAUUAUUAUAGUUCAAGAGGGCCUUCAAAUAGUUGUCCAUAUGUUUUGAAACCUGACAUUACAGGUCCUGGUACAUCAAUCUUAGCUGCAUGGCCUACAAAUAUUCCUGUGUUGAGUUUUGGGUCUUAUAAAAUCUUCAACAAGUUCAAUUUUCUAACUGGAACAUCUAUGUCAUGUCCUCAUGUUGCUGGUGUAGGAGCACUUUUGAAAGGAGCGCAUGGCGAUUGGAGCCCUGCAGCUAUUAGAUCGGCAAUGAUGACAACAUCAGACAUACUUGAUAAUACUAAAAAACACAUCAAAGAUCUUGCAACAGAUAAAGAAGCAACCCCUCUUGCACUGGGAGCUGGUCACAUCAACCCCAAUAGAGCACUUGACCCUGGUCUUGUUUAUGAUGUUGGCGUACAAGAUUAUGUUAAUCUUCUUUGUGGACUUAACUUUACACAGAAAAACAUCUCCGCCAUUACACGAUCCUCUUUCAGUGAUUGCUCUAAACCGUCAUUGGAUCUCAAUUACCCUUCUUUUAUUGCUUUCUUCAAUGCUAGAAAUUCUUCUUCAAAAACCACACAACAUUUUCACAGAACAGUUACCAAUGUUGGUGAAGGUCGAACGACUUAUGUUGCUAGCAUUACUCCAAUUAAAGGGUUCCGUCUCAGCGUUAUCCCAAAUAAAUUGGUGUUCAAGAAAAAGAACCAGAAGAUAAGUUAUAGGUUGAGCAUUGAAGGUCCAACAAUGAGACAAAAUAAUAUAGAAUCUUUUGGAUAUCUCACUUGGAAGGAUGGGAAGCAUGUAGUUAGGAGCCCUAUUGUUGUAACCAAUAUGUAA